GCUAAUGGUGUUCAAAGUCCAACUGCGUUAAUCUUUGCGUCGUGGAAGCCUCCUAGAGAUGGUCUAGUCAAGGUUACCUUUUGUGGGUUUGAGAUUGUGGAAGGGCAGACGAUGGGAGUCGGUGCCAAUAUAAGGGACAACAGUUGGGUCUUUGUGGCAAGGAUGGCAAAGAAGCAUGUGCAUAGCGAGGAGGAAUGGGGGCGUGGCAGCCAUAGCUCUGCAAGAAACAGUGAGUUUUGCUCGUCUUCAGGGGAUAGAGUCUGUGGUUUUGGAAGGGGAUUCCAUUCAAUUUUUGAAGUCUAUUACGGCCAUAGUUUCAAAUGA